GAGGUCAUCACCAUGCCUUCCUACGCAAUUAUUGGUGCUUCGCGUGGUAUUGGAUUGGAAAUGGUUCGCCAGCUGGCUGCGCACCCUGAAAAUACAGUCUUCGCUGUGGUACGCAACGCCGAUACAUCCACUCAUCUCGUGGAUUUCCUGGCAGGCGGCGAGCGGAAGAACGUGCAUGUGCUGGAAGGCGACAUCAUAGACCCAGCCGCAACGAAGGCGAGUUGCUACGCUGCGGCUGCGAAAGUUGCAGGCAUCAGCGGGGGUGCUCUUGAUGUCCUUAUCCAUAACGCCGCGCACCUGAACAUGGCUACAAUGUACAGAGGCUUCCUCGAUUACGAGGACGACGAUGCCCUAGACAAGGACUUUAUGGACUAUUUCAAAGCAAACGCGCUCGGAAUUGUGCAUUCCAUGAACGCUUUUCUGCCUCUCCUGCGCAAUGGCUCCGCGAAGAAGGUUGCAGUACUCAGCUCUCCUGUCGGGCAGCGGGAGCUCGUGUGGAACAUGCACAUGUCGGCUGCGGCGGUAUACGGGACCUCGAAGGCCGCCGCGGACAUGGUUCUAACUAAAUACGCUGUAAUGCUGGAGGGAGAGGGAUUCAUCAUCACAGGCAUAAUUCCCGGCUUAGUCGAUACCACUGACACUGCCACUGACAUCACUCUUGCGAAGGCUACACUGGAAAAGGUGCUAGCUAAAAUGGGAGGGGGGAUUCAAGCGCAGCGCCGAAGCCAUUGACUGUCGAAGUGGGGGCACGGCGAAUUUUGGAAGCUGUAGGCUCCCUGCAGCCUGCUGAUGCUGGAAAGUUCAAGCCGGCAUAAAUGCAAGCUCGCAAGCCAGCGAGGGAGAACCGCUGUAUACGCUCUGAAGUGGAGCAUGUGUUGUCUCAUGUACUACAAUAUUGUAACCAGCCAUUCACACUAUGUGCCGCUGAAUCUCUAAGUCAGCCAUCCUGUCAAGCAUAAUUUCUCGAA